AUUGUAAUGGCUAACUGUAAUAUAUCUUAUGCUAUGUUAGUUUGUAUGUUAGUGGUGUUAGUUUCGACUGUUAAUGCUGAUAUAGAUUCAGAUUACCUAGAUUGUAUGUUUAGUCAAGAGACUAAAAAUGAACAAACUCGCUGUGCAGACGCCUUUCCGGGUCCUUCACCUCAAUCCCGCCCAUCUUCAUUUAUUUACGAUUCUGAAAUCAUUAAUAAUUGCAGAAAGUUUAAAGACGAGUAUAUAAAAUGGGCAAUCUGUUAUAAUUCAGUUGAAAUUAACUGUUACAAACCUGAACUCGAAGACCUGGCCAUAUCUAAUUCUGGUACACAAUCCGCCAUUGAAUAUUUCUGUGAAAGAGACGCCGAAGGUCACACGUUUGAUAGAGGAUGCGAAGGAUUUCGCAACAACUCUGAAUUAGAAGAGUGUACUAAACUAGAUGAGCUAACAACUCCAUCUACUGGUGAUAUAACCUAUGAAGGGUACAAGUAUAAUCUCUGUCGUACUCUUCAAGUUAACUUAAAUUGUUUAAGAAAUGACGAAAUACUCAAAACGAAAUGCCCUGAUACACAAACUACGUAUGCUAAAGUGAACGAGAAACAGAUUCCACCUGCUUGUGAUGCUGGUAACGGUGAUAAUGGUGAUAAUGGUGAUAACGGUGAUAAUGGUGGUAACAAUGGUAAAGUUUGUAUUUUAGUGGUGUUGGUAUCGACAGUGGAUGCUGAUAUACUACCGUAUGUGACACAGUGUGAACAUUCUCAAGAGUAUGUGAAUAAUCGAAGUCAAUGUGAUGACGCCUUUGAAGGUCCUACACCUGUCGGCGUCGUUGAUUUUAUUGUCGAUUCUAACAUCUAUAACUAUUGCAGAAACAAAGCCGACGUUUUAAAAUGGGCUGAAUGUGCUAAUUCAGUUGAAAUUAAUUGUUACAAACCUGAACACCAAGACCUGGCCAGGUCUAAUUCUGGUGUACGAUCCGCCAUUGAAUAUUUCUGUGAAAGAGAGGCCAAAGGAUAUAUAUUUAAUGCAAACUGUUUAAAUAAUGCUGACACAACUGAAUUACAAAUGUGUUUAAGUCAACAAUAUGAGCUAACGACUUCCUCUGGUAAAAUAACAUAUGGAGGUUUAAAGUACAAUAUCUGUCGCCGUCAACAGAUCAUUAUAGAUUGUUAUCGAAAUGACCACACAUUUAACAGUGUCUGCCCUGGUACACCUGUUAUGUAUGCUACAGUUUUGAAAAAACUAUUACCUCCUGCUUGUGAUGCUGGUAACAAUGGUAACGGUAUUUACAACACAGGAAUAUGGAGUGUGAUUGUAAUUACCUACCUGAUCAGUUUAUUUAACUAUUAAAAUAUCAACACUCAUUG